ACUAAUUACGAUUGGGUUUGUGGGUUGUUAAGCUGAACACUACUCUUUCUCUUCAACUUCUGCAUCUUAUAACACUGCGAGCUCCACUCUGUCUCUGUUGCCGCAAGCUCACCGGUGUUCAUCAAAAGUCACUUACUGUGGGGCGUGGGCAUAUGAUUUCAGAUCGUUAAGAGCUUCAAUUAAUCACUUUCUCAUAUUGGAUUAAUUGGGGCUUUUUGAUCCCUAAUUAGUAGGUUUAUGUCUGGAUACAACUCCUGCUUGUGGAGUGGGCACGCAGUUUCUCUAAUUUUAUUUCUUCUUUCCAUUUCGUGACCAGUCACGAUGCCACCUGGUUUGGAAUACAAUAUCAGUGAGUUGUAUGAAGAAGCUAAGAAAAGAUGGCUCAAGCCUGUUGAAGUGCUUUACAUUUUGAGGAAUCACAACGAGUGUGAAUUCACCAACGUGCCCCCUCAUCAGCCAACAGGUGGAUCCCUGUUUCUAUUUAACAGAAGAGUCCUACGUUUCUUCCGUAAAGAUGGUCAUAAUUGGCGGAAGAAAAGAGAUGGCAAAACUGUGGGAGAAGCACAUGAACGGCUUAAGGUUGGAAAUGUUGAAAUCCUGAACUGUUACUAUGCACAUGGAGAGGAGAACCGUACUUUCCAGAGGCGGAGCUAUUGGAUGUUGGAUCCGGAAUAUGAGCAUAUAGUACUCGUGCAUUACAGAGAUAUAAAUGAGGCCAAACCUAAUUCUGGACCUGCCAGACAAUCGUCACCAGGUUCCUCUUCUGUGUUUAGUCAGACUGGUAGCUCUUAUACUACUCAGAACCCAGGGACAGCAUCAAUGCUUGGUGAUGAUUCAUGUGAACCUAAACUGAAUUUCUCCAGCCUUGGGUCUUUGGAUGUUACCUCUGAUAUGGUUACCGGGAACAUUAUAAUGAGUCACCUGGAUGAAACAGAUGCAAAAGUUUUGCGCCAGUUGGAAGAACAGUUAAGUCUGAAUGAGGACAGCUUCAAGGAAUUUUCUCCCUUGUACAGUAAGGAUGAAGUUCCACAUGACCUAACACCUUGCCAAGAUCAAAUAUUGGUUUACAAAGAAGAUAUCUCUUCAGCAUUCUCGAGACCAGAUGACCAUAAAGAACAUUAUGAUGGUUAUAAUGGAAGACAAGAUGACAGUCGUAAUGAUUACCAUGCAUUACUUGAUCAUGAUUGCCCUGAUGGACAUGAAAAGUCAUUAUCUUGGACGGAGAUGCUGGAAUCGUGCAAGCCUUCAUCCGUUAUCAAGUUACCAGAGCAACAUCCAUACGAGGCAUUUGAAAAUGAAAAGUUACUAUCUUCUUCACGAAGGGAAAUUAUUGCCAACCAGGAAAGCAGCCACUGGCUAAUCUCCAACAGUAAUAAUGCUGAGAAGAAUUCAGUUGCCUUCUCAUUUCCUCAAGACAUUGGUGGAGUCACAAGUCCUCUAUAUUCUUUGGAAGAAACUCAAGGAACUAAUUCUGACUACUACACAACAUUUUUUGAUCAAAUCCAAAUUCAAGAACCUCUGGGUACAGAUUCAAGCUUGAUUGUUUCAGAGAAACAGAAAUUUACAAUUAGGGAAGUCUCCCCAGAAUAUUGUUAUGCCACUGAGACUACAAAGGUGAUCAUUAUUGGGUCAUUUCUCCUCCCUUCCUCGGAUUCUAGGUGGGGUUGUAUGUUUGGUGAUAUUGAAGUUCCUGUUGAGAUAAUUCAGGAUGGCGUAAUCAGUUGUGAAACUCCGCCCCAUCCUCUCGGAAAGGUCACUCUGUGCAUUACUUCAGGAAAUAGGGAGCCAUGCAGUGAAGUCAGAGAGUUUGAGUUUCGCAAUAGGACCAAUAGUUGUGCUCGCUGUGAUUCAUUGGAAACAGUGGCCACUAGAAGUCCAGAAGAGCUGUUAUUACUUGUUCGAUUUGCACAGAUGCUCCUUUCUCCUACGACAGCAAAGCAUGACAUUAUAGAAUCUGGAAGUCACCUUCCAACCAAACAAGAAGCAGAUGAUGAUUCAUGGAGCCAUAUUAUAGACACUCUCCUUGUUGGCAGCGGAACUUCAUCUGGUACUAUUGAUUGGCUUCUUGAAGAGCUGCUGAAGGAUAAGCUGCAGCUCUGGCUUUCCUACAGAUCCCAUGAAAGAGAUGAAGGGACAGGUUGUUUUUUGUCCAAGAAAGAGCAGGGGAUUAUUCACAUGGUUUCUGGGUUGGGCUUCGAGUGGGCCUUGAGCCCCAUUCUCAGCUGUGGUGUGAAUGUAAAUUUCCGUGACAUCAAUGGGUGGACCGCCCUUCAUUGGGCUGCACGGUUUGGAAGGGAAAAGGUGGUUGCUUCACUUAUAGCUUCCGGCGCAUCUGCUGGAGCAGUGACAGAUCCGAAUUCACAAGAUCCAACUGGUAAAACUGCUGCCUCUAUUGCGGCCUGCAAUGGACAUAAGGGACUUGCUGGGUAUCUUUCAGAGGUUGAUCUAACAAGCCAUCUGUCAUCCCUCACAUUGGAAGAGAGGGAUAUUGCUAAAGGUUUUUCUGAGUUUGCAGCUGAGUUAACAAGCCAUCUGUCUAAGGAAAAUCUUGAAGUCAGUGAAGAUCAGGUUUCAGUAGCAAAUACCUUGGAUGCUGUCAGAAAUGCAGCUCUGGCAGCUGCUCGAAUACAGGCUGCUUUUCGUGCACAUUCCUUCCGGAAACGGAAAGAGAGAGAAGUUGUGGCCGCUAUGGCUUCUUCCAGUCUAGAUGGAUAUGGUAUCAGUGCAGGUGGCAUUGACGAUAACAUUCCAGCACUUGCUGCCUUGUCAAAAUUUGGCAUUCGAAGCUUACGUGAUUAUGCUGCCUUAUCAAUUCAGAAGAAAUACCGAGGCUGGAAAGGUCGCAAAGAAUUCUUAGCAUUGCGCCAAAAAGUAGUAAAGAUACAGGCUCAUGUGAGGGGUUACCAGGUUCGGAAGCAAUACAAGAUAAUAAUAUGGGCCGUUGGAAUUUUGGACAAAGUUGUGCUACGGUGGCGGAGAAAACGAGUUGGUUUACGAAGUUCUCAAAAAGAAACGGAGACAAAUGAAGAAAGUGAUGAUGAAGAUUUUCUGAAGGUGUUCCGAAAAGAGAAAGUAAAUGUAGCAGUUGAAAAGGCUUUGAAACGGGUGCUUUCCAUGGUCCAUUCUACCCGUGCUCGUCAGCAAUAUAGUCGCCUCCUUGAGAUGUAUCGGCAAGCCAAGGCUGAACUUGGCAGCACGAGUGAUGAAACACUGCUAUCAACAACAUCUGUAGAGGAUGCUUUCAAUAUUGAAGAUGAUGAUUUGUUUCAAUUCCCCUGGGAAGCGCUCUAGUCUUCCUAGUUUUAUUCCUUUUCAUUGAUGAGUUUCUGGCUUCACCGUAGCUAUUGCAUGGGUUAUUUGUGUAGAGCUUGAGGUUUUUGCUUGUAAAUAGUCUAGGUUGUACAGUGAUGCUGCUAUGAACAUUUUUUUACUUUAUGAUAUGUACAAAAUGGCCUGAAAUGGAUAGUCUCUUUCUUAUUGCUCA